GCGCCCUCCGGCUGCCAGCGCCAGUCUUCGGGUUGCAAAGAUCGGCGGCCGAUCUGCUUCCUGGGGUUUCCUUUCGCUUUCCCAGGGUCGCCUGUCUUAAGCCUGCUGAGCUGGGCUGAGGAAAAGCGCUCAGGAACGGAAGUGCCGGAUCUCCUCCAGGGUGGACCCAUUCGUGAUGCUGAAGUCCUUGAGAAGCAGGGGCGUUUUUGGCAGCCUCUUUCGACUGCUGGGGGUCCAGGUUGGCAGUUUUCCCCCCAGCAGGUCCUGCUCUUCGGGAGAGGGCCCUCCUUCCGCCACCAGAGCCACGGGGAUGAAGAAGCGGGGCUACGAUAUCACCAGGAAUCCCCAUCUCAACAAGGGUAUGGCCUUCACCCUUGAAGAGAGGCUCCAGCUUGGAAUACACGGUCUUCUUCCGCCUUGCUUCCUGAGCCAAGAUGUCCAAGUUCUCCGGGUCCUCAAAAGCUACGAGACCAAAUCCAAUGAUCUAGACAAGUGAGCAGAAAUACAUCAUCCUCAUGACUCUACAGGACAGAAAUGAGAAACUGUUUUACCGCGUGCUCACAUCUGACAUAGAAAGAUUCAUGCCCAUUGUGUAUACUCCAACUGUUGGACUAGCUUGCCAGUUGUAUGGCCUGGCCUUCAGACGGCCUCGCGGACUAUUCAUUACCAUUCACGACAAAGGACACAUUGCCACAAUGCUGAAUUCCUGGCCUGAAGACAACAUAAAGGCUAUUGUGGUGACCGACGGAGAAAGAAUUUUAGGCUUGGGCGAUCUAGGAAGCUACGGGAUGGGCAUUCCUGUAGGAAAACUCGCACUCUAUACCGCUUGCGGUGGCGUUCACCCACAGCAGUGCCUCCCUGUUCUUCUGGAUGUUGGCACUGACAAUGAGGCGCUCCUGAACGAUCCGCUCUACAUUGGCCUCAAGCACAAACGGGUUCGUGGGAAAGAGUACGACGACUUGCUGGAUGAGUUUAUGCAAGCAGUUGCAAACAAGUACGGAAUGAACUGUCUCAUUCAGUUUGAGGACUUUGCAAACGCCAACGCCUUCCGGCUUCUCAAGAAAUAUCGCAGCCGUUAUUGCACUUUCAAUGAUGACAUACAAGGAACUGCCUCUGUUGCUAUAGCAGGAAUCUUCGCUGCCUUAAGAAUUACAAAGAACAAGCUUUCUGAUCAUAGGUUUGUCUUCCAAGGAGCUGGCGAGGCGGCUUUGGGUAUUGCUCACCUCAUAGUUAUGGCACUCGAGAAAGAAGGAAUUCCCAGAGAAGAAGCCGUUAAGAAAAUCUGGAUGGUGGACUCGAAAGGUCUCAUCGUCAAGGGCAGAAGUCAUCUGAACCACGAGAAGGAGAUGUUUGCUCAUGACCAUCCCACUGUGAAGACCCUGGAGGAAGUGGUGCGGACAAUAAAACCAACAGCUAUUAUUGGUGUGGCUGCUGUGGCAGGUGCUUUCACUCACCGGAUUUUGAAGGACAUGGCGACCUUCAACGAGAAGCCCAUUGUGUUCGCCCUCAGCAACCCAACGAGCAAAGCAGAAUGUACAGCUGAAGAUUGUUACCGCUUGACAGACGGCCGGGCCAUAUUCGCCAGCGGGAGCCCGUUUCCGAAGGUGACCCUCUCCGAUGGACAGACCUUCUUCCCUGGUCAAGGGAACAACGCCUACGUUUUCCCCGGAGUUGCUCUAGGAGUCAUCGCCUGUGGACUCCGUCACAUCUCCGAGGAAAUCUUUCUCACCACAGCAGAGGCAAUUGCACAAGAGGUUACACAGGAAAAUCUGGCUGAAGGAAGGCUGUAUCCCCCUUUGAGCUCCAUUCGAGACGUGUCCUUCAAAAUUGCGGUUAAAGUGGUUGACUAUGCCUAUAAACACAACUUGGCCUCCUGGUAUCCUGAGCCAGAAGACAAAGAAGCAUUUGUGAAAUCCCUCGUUUACAGCCCUGACUAUGAUUCCUUCAUUAUUGAUAGUUACCAGUGGCCACAGGAAGCAAUGAAGACUCAAAAUAUUUAAUUCUUCUCUUUUGUGAAGGCAGGCAAGAGGAGUCUUCAAGAUGCUAAAGUGUCUUGACUGUCAAGCUUGUAGGAUCUUCUGUUAUAAAUUGAGAGAAGAGCAAGUACCCAUCCUUUCCAUGAGCAGCUUCCCUUUUUUAAAAAAAAUAAUAAUAAUCAGCCGGAAAUCAUACAAAGUAAACAAGGACCAAUUAUGCCACCAGCAGCCAACGAAUUGUUGUGAUUAGACGAAGUUUAGAAAGUUCCAAUAUUCUUGAAAAUCUCCUUUCGCGAGUCAAACUGACCUUCCCUUAUCGGGUCUUUUCCAAAUGUAUUAGAAAUUCAACUCUCCAAAUUCCCUCUCAGCAUGGUUCCCUUCCAGGAUGAUGAAGGCUAGAUUAAGAAUUUCUGCAGAGUUUAUAGAAAAUGCUUUUGCUUAGAUGGCUUCAUCCCAAAGAAUGCCUAUUAAACUGAUGCACUUGCUAUGGCCUUUCACAGUAAAGGUCACCAUCCAUGGGUUUAGGACAGGGGUAGACAACCUUGGCUCUUUUAUGACUCGUGGACUUCAGCUCCCAGAAUUCCUGAGCCAGCCAUGCUGAGGGGAAAGGGAGAGGUUUCCAAGCUGAGCCAUGCUGACUCAGGAAUUCUGGGAGUUGAAGUCCACGAGUCAUAAAAGAGCCAAGGUUGCCUACUCCUGGUUUAGGAGAAUGCAGCUGUUUCAAAAUACUCAUGGAAUAGCCAUGACAUACAAUUCAGAAGUGACUUCUUGCCCAGAGUUCUGCAUGGCUUCUACCGGUCUUAACAACUAUUAUUAAGGCCCUGAUCCUAACCCUGAUCCUCAUUAGAGUUGUGGACAGUGGUAUUAGUAGUUACACAGAAUUCCCACUAACCGAAUUUACUGAAAAAAAUCCAGAUAACUGAUAUUUCUCUAUCCAGCUUAUAUAACGUCCUGUUACUAUAUAACAAUGAAAGUUCUGCCAAACUCACUACGUUUUGGUUGGCCGCAUGGAGUAACUCAAGAAGCACUCCCAAGUGUAUGGUCACAACAAUACGUAUAUCCAUAGUUAAUUAAGUCCUGGUUUACUCAAGUACCUCAGGUUUGUAGGUCGCAUGAUACAGUAUGCCGAAAGAUAACAAUAGCAUAAGGUGGAUUCAUGCAACGUAUAAAAAUAUGGUUGACCAUUUCAUGCUCCAGUUUGAAUACAGGUAAUCCUCAGCUUAGGAUGGCAAUUGGGACAGUUCUCUCUUUCGUUAAAACAAGACCUCAUAGUUUAGCAACAGCAAUCCCUGGAGUCCUUGUUGCCUUUGUUAACCAAAUCCCACAGUUCUUAGAUGAGGCAUCUUCCUGCCAGUUGCCCAUAACCAAAGUCCUGGGCCAGCAGGCAGCUAAGAGGCUUGUGCUGAGUAGAGGGAGGUAGAAAGGAUGUGGGAAGGAUGCAUCAGUCAGGGAAACGUAACCCAACAACUUGCAACCUUCCUGUAGGCUUUCCCAUUGACUUUCUGGGGAAGCCAGCAGGGGAAGGUUCCAAAUGACAAUCAUAUGAUUGUGUGCUCUGCAACUGGUUGUAAGUGCAAACUGGUUGCCAAGGGCCCAAAUCGUGAUCGUGUGACUGUGGAGAGGCUGGAACAACCAGCACCCCAAGGACCAAUCACAGCCAUCAUUCAUUCAGUGCUGUUCAAACUUCAAACAGUUGCUGAAUGAAUACUCGUAGGUUGACUAUCUGUAGCUAAUACAAUUUAAAAAGGGGGCUUUGAUGGUGACUAUAGACCAGUGUUUCCCAACCUUGACGACUUUAAGAUAUGUGGACUUCAAUUUCCAGAAUUCCCCAGCCAUCCAGCUGGCUGGGGAGUUCUGGGAAUUGAAGUCCGCACAUCUUAAAAUCGGCAAGAUUGGGAAACACUACUAUAGAUUAUAGCUUUUUUUCAGGCCUGUUCUGUAGAAAUAGCACUCAAGUAUCUCAAGGGUUCUGGUUAGAGCUUAGGAUAGAGUUAGGAGUGGGGAUUUUAAGCUGGUCUUCAGACCUUCCCAUUAAGGAUGAUCCUGGCUUUACCCAGUCUUAGAGAAAUGGAUGUAACUUUUCUAAUAAAACUGCAAUUUCAACCUCGAGUAUUGAGAAAGAGAACGCAAAGCCUUGCUCCAAAUUGCAACCUUUGUGUUUUAUUUUGGUGGAAAGGGAAGCCAGGGGAUAUGGAUUAGAGAAUGUCCUGCAGAAGCUCCUUUAGCUGUGUCUUAAGCUUAAAUCAUGAGACGGUCACUAUUAUGCCUUGAAGAAAAAAAAAUCAUUUUUUAAUUCACAUGCCUCGCCAUCAAACACAACCCAGAAAUUGUAAUCUCAGGGACUAUUCUCUCUCUCUCUUUCUCUCUCUCUCUCUCUCUCUUUUUUUUUUUCUUUAACGAUAUUGUAUUUAAAAUCAUGAACCUAGUGGUGGCCUAGUGGUGACGAUGCUCCCCUCCCACUUGGAAGGUUAAGAGUUCAAUUCUAGGUAGCCAGCAGAUGUUUCUCUCUUACAGCUCAGAGAAAAAAUAUCUGCUCUGAACUAUGCAUGGUAUCAGGAAGGGCAUCUGGCUAGUAAAUGCUCAGCUCCAUCCAGUCGCCCUGAUUCUACCCUGAAUUAUGGGAUUACAGAAUUGUACAAAGGGAGUAUUGUAUUUAAAAUCAUAGAAGAGGCCAUUCAGGGCUCUAAACCCACCCCCUCACCAAUACAAAUUAGGGCACCCCCCCCCCCGACAGAUGGCUGUCUAGCCUCUCCUUGUAUCGUACACCCUUAGCCCAAAGUGCCACCAUGUCUUCUCUGGUUGGCUGGACCCCAUCAGAGAAAAUAUGCCUAUGAAGAAGUUUUCCCAACCUUGGCAACUUUAAGACACAUGGACUUCAAUUCCCAGAAUUCCCCAGCUUGCCAUGGAAUUCAGGGGAGGGGUUGAAGUCCGGGUGUCUUAAAGUUGCCACGGUUGGGAAACCUGAAAAAGGAAAAGAAACGGCAGAUAACUUCUGCCAAAGGUAAAAGCUCUUGAGUUCUCCUCAGCUCAUGCUUCACCCCACUGGUCAUUCAUCGAAAAUUGAUUGUCAUUCCUUCCAACGGAUCUUGCUGAAUCAGGCCCAAAGUCCCUAAAAUCUAGCUAGUAUCCUGUAUUUAACCAUCCUAAACAUGGUGUUUUAAAAGAACUUGUUUUUCUUCGCAGUUUCACAUGCAGCUACUAUCACCAGAAAUGGUCUUCCGUUUUUUGUCACAGGAAGUUCAAAAUUCACCAAGUCAUUGUCUGCCUGUAUUGUUAUUUGUCCUAAAAAAAACAACUGGAUGCUUUUCUUGGAGAACAAUUUCAUGGAAUUUUUUAAAAAGCAGGCUUUUCUAACCAUGGUUUCAGCCAUUAAAGUCUGCAGCAUUGUUUUUUCAUCAAAGAAUAGAGAUAGGUAGUUUGAGAAAACAGCGGGGGGGACAACAAUGGAGUUCAAUCGUAUCAAACAACUUGUUCUUGCUUUGUUCUUAAAAUGUGAAUUUGAUCCCUAGGGAGGUCAAAGAAGUUAAGAGGGAAUCCUGGAUUGGGUAAAUGAAGCCCCACCCUCUUUAUCUGAUGCAUUUAAAGGUGUGGAGUUUUAGUGGUGGUCAUUGCAGCUGUUGUUUUUUAAAUAAUGUUAUUAAAGUUUAUAACUUCAGUAAUAAAAACUGAUGCUAACUGAAAAACGAAAUAAAAGAAUAAAAA